UUUCACCUCUCCGAUCUCUGUUCCUUCGCCCAACUCUAGCAGAGCCAGGGCGCGACCGCGCGAAGGAAGCAACCAAAACCCAAAGAAAUUCCAAAAGCUCCCAAGGGAGAGAGCCAGGUCUCGGAGGCAGAGGCGGGGAGCGGCGCCAAGGAUCCAUGGAUCGGCCCCAGGAGAUGAAUUGGCCACGUGAGAUCUGGGCUUCAUCGAUCAAGGUCGUCAGUGAGAAUUAUGCCAAUCCUAUAACAUGCCUCUUCCACGUGCUCUUCAAGGCGGCGGCGCUGGCGUUCUACAUCCUGUUCUCGCUCUUUGUGAAGAGCUUCGUCAUCAUCUUUGUUAUCACCGUGCUCCUUGCGGCGCUUGACUUCUGGGUCGUGAAGAAUGUGAGCGGCAGGAUACUGGUCGGGCUGCGGUGGUGGAAUGAGAUUGACGAUGAUGGAAAUAGCGUGUGGAAGUUCGAGUGCCUAGAUGCGGAGUCUCUUGCUCGGAUGAACAAAAAGGACUCGUGGCUGUUCUGGUGGACUCUUUAUUUGACAGCUGCUGCGUGGAUCGUCCUCGGGAUAUUUUCACUCAUUAGACUUGAAGCUGAUUACCUUCUCGUUGUUGGAGUUUGCUUGACUCUAAGCCUUGCAAACAUUGUGGGGUUCACCAAAUGCAACAAAGAUGCCAAGAAGAACAUCCGGGCUUUUGCUGAAAAUGCUGCUCAAAACGCCAUCACCUCCCGCAUCACCUCAUCUCUGCAAUCAGCAUUCUCAGUUAUCUGAAGUCCAUAUUAUGUAGAGGCUCAAAUAUUACAUAUACCAGUGUACAACCUGUCAAAAGGACCAGCACCUGAUAUCCGCAUGAGUUUUUGACAUGUACACCAAACUGGUUACUUUUGAUUGGAACGACACUAUGACAGACAACAACAUACUGGAUAAUUCCACACUUGUCUCCUACACUAAUGGCAUGCUUUCUGCAUUUCUUGUACCCUGGUGUGGCCUAGAGGUCUUUGACCCUGGAACCUGUCAUCCAAUGCAAAAAUGUUAUUUUCUUGUUGA